GAAGGAGAAAAAGUAAAAUUAGCAACAAAAAAUAAACCGGCACACAAUCGAUAUCUCUGACGAUUAUUUAUUCAGUGGUAUACACAAAUACUGCACUGUAUUCUGCCAUUUUGUAUUCGGCGUCUAGCCAGCAAAACAAAAAGAGAAGGAAAGAAAACCGAAUAAGUUUUACAAACAAAAAUUAGGUAAUAAUAAUAGAAAAAAAAAAUAUGUCAGAUUAUCGGUCUCAAUCGCGCGGUGGUGGACGCGGUCAAGAUUAUUCCAAUGACGACGAUCCGCCUAUGUCGCGACUCUUCAUCAUAUGCAACAAAGCGCAUACCGAAGAAGAUUUUCGCGAGGCCUUCGCACCCUACGGCGAAAUCGAAGAUAUAUGGGUGGUUAAGGAUAAGCACACACAGGAAAACAAGGGUAUCGCAUACGUAAAGUUCUCAAAAACCUCGGAUGCCGCCAAGGCGCAAGAACAGAUGAAUGGUAAAACCAUUGGGAAAACAGACAGAACCCUCAAGGUGCUGGUUGCCGCAAAUCGUAAUCAAGGUUCAAAUAAAUCGGAAAACGAACAGGAGAAAUAUGUGCGACUCUUCAUUGUGAUUCCAAAGACAGCCACUGAGGAUGACAUACGAGAUGAGUUUGCCCAAUGGGGUGAAGUGGAAACAGUCACAAUUGUGCGCGAGAAGAACAAUGGCAGUCCCAAGGGUUUUGGUUACGUUCGGUUUACAAAAUUCUACUAUGCAGCUGUGGCAUUUGAGAAUUGUUCAGCCAAAUACAAAGCGGUCUUCGCCGAACCCAAGGGGUCGACGCGCACACAGCGUGAUCAGUAUGGGCGGCUUGCCGAUGAUUCACCCGUGUACUCUUCGGGACGUGGUGGUGGUGGUGGUGGCGGCGGCAGCAGCGGCGGUGGCGGCUCAAAUUACAAUGGUGGUAGCGGUAGUGGUGGUGGUGGAGGUAGUUUCAACAACGAUUGGAACACAUCGGUCAACAGCGAUAUGUCGGCAUUUUUGCGAAUGCAAAAUGUUCCAGUGCCCCAGCCCACAUGCUUGGAGGUAACGGUUAGUAAUUGUGUUAAUCAGGAUCAGCUGUGGCGACUGUUUGACAUCAUACCCGGCUUGGAUUACUGUCAAAUUAUGCGCGAACAUGGCCCACGCACAAACGAAGCCGUGGUCGUCUAUGAUAAUCCGGAAGCUGCAAUUUAUGCCAAAGACAAGCUUCAUGGUCUCGAAUAUCCGAUGGGUGAGCGUAUUAUUGUUAAAGUGAAUGGUAUGAGCUCAGCUCGCAUGGACACCUCCUUUAUUGAUAAGCGCACCAAAAAGGAUGCCAUUUGUAAUGUGCCCUUGCCACCGACACAGCCACUGGCAUCGCCGGAUGCUCAAGUUGCCCAAAGGCUUUUCAUUGUGCUCGCAGCGAAUUUGCCACACUCAAUACUGAAAAACAUAUUCUCCUGCUGGAAGGGACUGAUCGAUGUGUAUUUGCUGCCCAACAAGAAUUGUGGAUACGUGAAAUACUCUGAACGUGAAAGUGCACAAAAAGCGAUUGCCCUGUUGAAUGGUGCCGAGAUCUGUGGAACCAAAAUAAAGGUCAUGGAAGCUGAGGAGCGAAGCGGCUCGGAUGGUGAUGAUGGCGGCAGAAAGCGACUGCGUCGGAAUUAAGUACCCACUGACAACAUUGUACUUAACAGAGAACAUAAAUGUACGAGUUAGUUUACUUUAAACAAAAAACAAAAAUAACAACAAAGAAAAACAGUUCAAUUAAAAACAGUUCAACUGACGCAACAACCGCCCAAAAAAACACUACGGAAUCAACCAGUACCAGAACCACAAUCACAACACAGAGCGAAACAGACACGGAAAACGGAAACAAGAAACAAGAAUUACCAACCAACCAACCAACCGUACAAUUGACUUGUUCAAAUGCGCUGUAGUACUGAGUAACCAUAUACCACAUAAUAUUAUAUCUAUAUAGACCAGACUUAAACGGAGCCAACGAAACCGCAAUGAUUGCUACAAAAAAAAAAAAAACCAACCACUUACGGGACUAUCGUAUCUAUCUAGCAUUACCGUUUACUCAAAACCAAGAAACAUAAACGAACUCUUUGUACAAUUUACUAACGUAUUCCGACAAAGAUAAGAAUAUAUAUAUAUAUUAAAACAAGCUUAACUUCAUAUUCAUAUGUACGUAUGACAGUAUGACAUAAUUAAAUUAAACACAACUACUAUGUAAAGCCUUCAAGCGAUAUUAAUAAAGGAAAUUACCAAAAAAAAUA